AUGCAACAUCUGGGCUUCAGUGGAAUACCCACCGUGUUCAAAGAACCGUUCCUAGUGGAUACACCAUCUUGUAGAAUUCCGAACUUGGAUCCUUUGGACAUCAGCGUGCGACACUGGAUUCCCAAACCGAGGAAGAUAAUCUGUCCGAGGGAUUUAUCCUACACUUUUGGAUCGCAUGGAAAAGUAUUCGUCAACUGGACGGCAGUGAAUAUUUCGAACAGCGGAAAUUUCUCGCACUGCACACAUCAGAGCAUACGACACACAGAAAAUGGGAAACACAACGACAUCACGUAUUCUACAGAGAGUAAGAAAUUCAGGGAUUCGAUAAAGGUGAGUGGAGAGUUUGUUCGUGUUCAAUGUUACAACUCCACAAAUGCUGUCAUUUAUACAAACUUUCACUAUAUCUACCUUCCUCAAAACGAUACAUAUACAAAAGUGAACUUUGAUGAUUUGUCUCCGAGCAUUCUGAUGGUUGGUAUUGAUUCUGUGUCGAGGAUGAACUAUCUGCGAUACAUGAAAAGAACGCGCCAACUUAUGUUGACAAUGAACGCCUUGGAAUUCCUCGGCUACAACAAAGUUGCAGAUAACACGUUUGUUAACUUAAUUCCACUUUUAUCGGGGAAAUUCGCAGAACAGCUACCAUGGAACGAAAACAUUCGUCACCAGACAUUUGAUUCCUUCAGGUUUAUUUGGGAUGAUUUUAAAGAAAAAGGUUUCAUCACCUUGUUCGUCGAAGAUUCACCAAACAUGGCCACGUUUGAUAAUGCUAAAGCGGGUUUCAGAAAUAAACCCACGGAUUAUUAUAACCGUCCAAUGGCAGUUGCUAUGGAACAAACGGAAGAAAUAUGGUUUGAAGAUCAUAAUUGUGUUUUGGAUAGACUAGAAACCGAUGUACUAUUGGAAUAUGUAUCCGAUUAUGUCAGAGCUAUGACACACUAUCCAUAUUUUGCUUUUGUGUACCUUUCUCGGAUGACUCACGACUACAUACAAGGUGCAGGUUCAAUCGAUGAUUUAGUGCACACGUUUUUCAGAGGUCUUUAUAAUGGAGGGUUUCUCAGGACUACCGUGGUUAUAGUAUUCAGCGAUCAUGGAAUGCGAUUUGGUGAAAUUAGAAACACAUAUAUUGGAAAAUUGGAAGAACGGUUGCCAUUAUUGAAUGUGAUAGUUCCAGAAAUGUUCUCCAAGGAGCACAGUGAAUUCAUGAAACACCUGACCAUUAACACCAGGAGGCUGACCACACCGUUUGACCUUCACGAAUUUCUCAAAAAUGUAUUACAUAAAAAUAAAUAUAGACCAACAUCAAAGCGGGCCUUCAGUCUUCUUGCUCAGAUACCUCUCAACAGGACGUGUGAGAGCGCUGAAAUAUCACCACACUGGUGCACCUGUACUGAAAUGAUCACUGUCUCCAAUAACAGUUCAAUUGUGAAAAAGAUUUCAAACACAUUUGUUGAAAAUAUUAAUUUAAAACUCAGUAACGUAAGUUCGAUAUGUGCAAACUUAUCACUGGAAGAUAUUUUGUUAUCCUAUUUGAUCAAACCUCAAGACAACCUUUUGAAAUUUGAAAGCAUUGAAAACGAGGUUCUGCACAAAAAGAUACAAUAUGGGGAUCCGGUGAACGCAGUGGUUGACUACCAAGUCACAAUUCGAACACAGCCAGGUGGAGGGGUGUUCGAGGGGACGUUUCGGUUUGAUGAGGAAUUCAGCGCACUAGACCUAGUGAGUGAUAUAAGCAGACUGAAUAGGUACAAUGACUCUUCGAAUUGUGUACAGAAGUCGGAACUAAGAAAACUUUGCUAUUGUAAAAAUCGCGUUAAGCUAACAAAAGAUUAA